AAACACAAUCCACUUCCUUGCAUUUUAUUGGUAGAGCUUGAACAUGUGCUUGACAAGUCUAACAUUAGUGAUAUUAUAACAGAACUGACAUUACAACAGGCAGAUCUGGUGCAGACACAGUCUGAAUUACAAGAGAUAGAUGACGAUUACUACAGUGGUGACUAACACUAUCACUGUCAGUGACGGUUUUAGUCCAGACGCAACAGUUAACAAACUUGUGAAAAAAUGAAAAAGGAAGAGCUAAAAAAAAAAAUCCUGACAAUACAUUGAACUGGGCAAACAGUACAGACAAAGAGGAAUAUUGGUCCAGGUUAAACAAGCACCAAGAGGAACAGAUGUGCACGUGACAUUACUCUAUAUGAUCAAACACAACUACACACUUCUGUUCUACAGUUGCAACAAAAAACUCAAGUUCCUGCUUCUGUCCUGAACUUGUUCGCUCGUUGCAAUAUGUCAUAAAUAUACUAUGACCUCCACAAACACAUUCCAACUUUGCUCUCACGAACACCAGGGGUUAGACAUAUAAAGAAUAUACAUGCACAAAAACAACAUAUAAGUUAUUGUCCCACAACAUAAACUGUUGUUUAAAAAAAAGAAAAAAAGAAAGUGCAGUGAGAAUGUGACCAGUUCACACAUUCAGCACCCACACACAUACGUUUGUCGAGAGCGAGAGCGAGCCAACUGUGACAUGGAUAAGUGUAAAUGAAAAAGUAGACAAGUGACAUCUAAUAUAAAAACUAUAAAGGUAAAAUUAUAAACUUAAAGUAGUUGCUUUGUGUGCUCAGUUCCAUUAUUCUUUCAGUUUAGUUUACAUUUUGUGUCUUCCAUCAGUCAUCACUCUAUUCCCCAUGUUCUUUUUAUUAAAUUUUUAUUGAUUACUGUUCUUAGUUUUGAUGAUGAUGAUUAACACAUCAUGACACUAUGGAUGCUAUAAAUGGCCAAAGCUGUGCCUGACCGUCAUGCCUAAAGAUGCUUGGAAGACUUUUCUUCAUUAUUACAGAGCAGUCAGAUAAUGGUGCAUCUUUGCCCAUUCAAUAGAAGUGAAAUCAAACACCACACUCUAGGCAAAAAAGAGGGUGUAAAAAACAACAACCCCCAAACAAAAUCAACGUCCAGCAGUAAAGGCUCUUGCAAAGGACGGACAAGCACCAAAUGCCUUCUCGAUUAUUUAUUUCAUGUCAGCAGAUUAAAAAAAAAUAGAUGAUUCAAUAUUAAUGGAUAAAUCUGGUGAUAUUCUGUAUUUUUCUUGUUGUCAACAAACCCAAAAAGACCAAAACCAACAAUAAACUGAUCCUAUUAACAAGUAUUUCUUGUGUAGCCAAGGGCUGAUAUCUUAAGGUCUUUGCACACCAAAUCCGUUUUUUUCGUAUGCGUUUUUUUAAUCCGUCAUCCGACAAAAAUCGUUACGCACAGAAACCUUGCACACUGAGUCCGAUGUGUUUUAUUACUAUAUUCGUUGCGAAAAUUUGCAAUACGAGGCAAGCAGUGAGGGUAAUUUUGUGGUCCUCUAAAUUCUUGCAAGAAAAAGAAAGAACCACACAGUAAAAAGAAGACCACCAAUUUCCACGAUCUGGCAGCACACACACAUACACACACAUACACACACACACACAGGUGAUCAGCCUUUCGACUGGAUCCGCAGAUAUUCAGGGCACAGCCUCAAAACGCUGCAACAUGCAGACAAGAUCAUGAUCAAUAGUUGUUCUGUGAUCAGUCUGUGUAUAACUUCUCUGCUAAAGCUGAUAGUAUCAGUGUUUCGAGGCUGUGUUGUUUGCGUGUACGGUGGCUCUGGGUGGUCAAACAACUCUGUGAAGGCUUUGACGGAUGCAAAAAACCCCCGCAGAAAAUCGAAACUGCUCCGAAGAUUUUAAUGACGGACGAAACUUUCAGAGUCGGGUACAGUGCUAAACUCCUGGAAAGCUGUGUGGGUGGUGCUGUCAGAAGAUGGGGUGGAAUUCUAUAAAAAGAAAACAGACCGUUCUCCGAAAGGAAUGAUCCCUCUAAAGGGAGCCACACUCGUUAGUCCUUGCCAGGAUUUUGGCAAGAGGACGUUGGUUUUCAAGAUCACCACAGAAAAGAAACAGGAUCAUUUCUUCCAAGCCUCACAUGUGGAGGAGAGAGAGUUUUGGGUCAAGGACAUCAAGAGGGCCAUUACCUGCCUACAGGGGGGAAGAAAGUUUGCUAGGAAGUCCACAAGACGCUCCAUUCGCCUGCCUGACACAAUCAACCUGAAUGAGCUGUACACUCUGAUGAAAGACCAGGAUGAUGGAGUCAAAGAGUUAAAACUGGAGCAAGAGAAUAGAGUCUUCAACCACUGCUUCACUGGUGCAACAGUGGUAGAAUGGCUGAUCUCAAAGGACAAAGCAAGAAAUAGACCUGAGGCCCUCAUGUUAGCAACAGGGCUCCUGACUGAGGGUUUUCUCCAGCCUGCAGGUGACAUGUCAAAAGAGGGAGCUGAGGGUGGAGACCAAUCUGCCUUCUUAGAUCAAACAGAUGCUCUUUACUACUUUGCAGACAGCGGGUUCUUCUGUGAAGGAUACUCCAGUGAUGAAGAUGUGCUUGUGAAGGAAGAAUUCAGAGGAAACAUCAUAAAACAGGGUUGUUUACUUAAACAGGGACAUAGGAGGAAAAACUGGAAAGUGCGAAAGUUCAUACUGAGAGACGACCCUGCUUAUAUGCAUUAUUAUGAUCCUACAAAGGGUGAAGAACCUCUUGGUUCAAUCCAUCUCCGUGGGUCUGUGGUUACAGCUGUGGAGUAUGUGCCUGAUGCCAAAAAAUACGACGUUGACGGCAACCUCUUUGAGAUCAUCACUUCAGAUGAGACUCACUACUUCCUCCAAGCAGCUACAACUGAAGAAAGAAAGGAGUGGAUCAAAGCAAUACAGGCAGUGUCGAAAAGUGGAAAAUAACAGAAGCAGCUGAGCAGUAGUAGAAUAUUUGCCAGCCACUGUCAAACUUAUUGAUUGUAAAGUCCCACGUUUGAUCAAAAUAUAAUUACAUUUAACAGUGUAUCAGCUGAGAAUAACUGAUUAACUUGUAUCUUUUAACUUGCAAAACUCACAAACUCUAAACAUGGUAGAAUGCAUAAUGCAGUGACACAUUAGAGUGGUUACUAAGAAAGAGAAACUGUGUACUUGGUUUCAUGUUUGAUAUUUUUCCCACUGCGGUUUUUCUGAUUUGCUCCUUGUUCACUCUUCUUUCAAAUGUUUCAUUUACUUUGAACUGUCAUAUAACGACACUCAGUUCCUGAGUGUGGUCGUCUGAAUCACACUCUGCCUCCACAGCUCAGUGUCAGUUUAUGGCUCACAGGCCUGCUGCAUCUGAGACACUUUUUAUCAGUGACAAAAAUGACUCGAGCUACACCAUGACUGCAUUAAAACGUCAUGUCACAGUUUAAAGUGAUAACAAUUAAAGGAUAUUUUUAGUUUGUCACAACUUGGCUGUUAUUUUUGUAGUUUUGCCCAUCAAUCCUUUUAUACUGAUAAUAUUGUACUCACCAUGUGUUUUGCUGAGAUCCGGCAACAUGAAAAAUAAGUCAUUUUACAGCAAUGACACUGUCCUAAUUAAAGAAACCAAUUAUCUUUUACUAACAGCUGAUGCUGGUGUUGUUUAGCUUAACUCUGCAUUUCAGAAAGCUGAUUAAGCAAUUUUGUUGGGUUGCCUUAAAAAUUGGUUGGGUUCAGUGAUACUGCCUUAGACUGGUUUCAGUUGUCAUUUGAGAUGCUUCCUCUUUGGUAACCCCUCUGACCUACAUGUGGUGUUCCUUGAGGCUCCAUCCUUGGCCUCCUUUUACGGUAUUCUCUAUAUGCAGUAGAUGCUCCCACGAUGGCACAAUAUCCGCAAACAUAACAUUCACCACCAUUGACACUCAUACCGUAUAUGACCCAUUAAAAAAACAGUGAAGAGGGCAACCUACAUCACCUAAUAUCUUAUUUAUCAGAAAUCAAAUGUUGGAAGCCCAAGACCUUUCUCCAGCUCAAAAUAUUGCACAGUAAAUUAGUCCAUCCCCAUUCUGCAGAGGAGUCUUGACUGCCUCUCUACAAAUAUCAACUCUGCAGCCAGAAACCUGGGUGACUUUUUGUUUGACAAACAAGUCACAAGUCAUCCGAUCAUGGUUCCUCCAACUGGAGGAAAAUCAGGUCUUUUUUUCUCUCUUGUGCUUAUUUUGAGAAGAACAUAUAAUAUUUGUUAUCUUCCUGCCUUAAUCAUUGUAAUUUCUGUUGAGAGAUAUUUUCAGCUUUGAUCUAUCAUGUUUGCAGUAGUUGUGUACACACAGUUUUCCUGUGCAAUGAGAAAUUUUAACGUGUGAGAGUUUACUUUCUGUUCUAAACCUCCAAAUCCUGUGGUUACGUAAACUAACUGGUUUCCUUUUACUUUUUUUAUUUGAGAUUUUUGCCUUUAUUGGAUAGGACAGUAUAGAGGCAGACAGGAAUCAAGGGGGGAUAGAGAGGGGUAUGACAUGCAUGAAGCUGGGAUGUUGCAGUUAUGUGGUAUGCAUCAUCUCCAUCCAGCUACCAGGGCACUUAAAAGGCUUGUUUACUAUUGGCUUGCUCUGAUUAUCUGACCAUUCGUGUUUCUCAACCUGCCCAGCUUCAUUGUAGUGAUGAUGCUGUGUUCCCUAAUCUCACCAAUUACUUUGCUGAGUACAAGGUUAUUAUAAAUGAUAUGAAUGGUGGCCAAAACUUUGAAAACAAAACCCAUGUUGUAAUAAACUAGAACCACCUUUUAAUUUCAUAAACACUUUUCUUUUGCAGAUAUUGACUUUUGCCUUGUUGUCACCUUUUACCAAUAAAUUCUUUUCCUUCAACAGGGUGUGUUGAAUUACUUGGACAGCAUUGUCCUUUCUGUAGUGAUCCCCAUAGGCACCAAUCACACACUCGCUUGCUCACACAGAUGUUUUAUUUUUCAUCUCUUCAGUACAGUCUAGACAUCACAUGUACAGUGUGAGCCAGAAGGCAGAGACAGGUAAUUUGUGCUUCAAAGAAAAAAAAUGUAAAUCUAAAUUAGUGAUAUAAAUUAGAUAACAAUAAUACAAUUUAAUGGAUUAUUACUAUGAUUGAUGUCUGUACAUAAGGGAUGUGAGGAGGGCCCCAGUAUUUGUAUCUGUAUUUGUUUAGGCAGCAAAAUUAUUUGUAUUUGUAUUCGAGUAAAUGUGGA